AUGUGGCUCACCGCUCGCGAACUAUCUGAAGCUGUAUUGUCAUUCAACGCUUUCGAAGAUGAGACAGCCGUUGCCCAACUUCUAGACCUACUAAAGAAAUAUCAAUGGAAACUCCAGAAUGUGACGAAGAAUUCGGAUAAGCCGGUCAGCGCCCUGGGCAAGCUUCAGAACGCCAACGGCUCCAUCGAAAUUGGGCCGAGCAAGCAAAAAGUGCAGUUGAAUGCGAAGAUGUGUGAGGAGGCGACGAUUAUGGGGCGCAUUUUUUCCAUGGAAGAAAAGGACGCUGUAGAGUUGGUGUUGACAGGCGACUUACAAGUGCAGAACUUUGAUGAAAUCGGACGAGGCUUGACCGCAGUCGUCUGCUACUACGAUGCGCACAAGCUGUUUGCACGGACACUGAAAUGUAUUUUGUCCUGGGAUCGUGAGCAACUGCCGGUGGAACUGGAGAACUUUAUUGCGCAGAACCUGGUCAAAGAAGCGGUUUUCCGUAGCCUUUUGGAGGUCCAAUCUCAAUUCACGAUGAGCCAUGAAUUCCAACGGCUUGUUGCUGAAGGUGUCAACGGUCUCGGCGGUGACUACCAUCAGCAAUUGGUUCGCUGUGCAAUCGACGAGACGAGAAACUUGACCUCGGAGUGCGCCGUGUUACUUUGUUUGUGGGCUGGCGACAAGACACCGUUUUUGAACGACAUACUUCGGACGUUGAAGGAAGAACUAAAUGGCCCGGUCCGGCCGUUCCAGUUUCUUGCCUGGACGUGUUUGGCCCAGAUUCUACACGACAAGUCCCUGCUGCAAACGGACAACCCGGCGAAGAUUCUCAAGCAGUGCCACAACGAAAUCAAGAACCAGGACGCAUGGGUCACAAAGCCCAUUCUGGGUGCCGUGGCUUUGGCGUUAGCCUCGGCGAUAAAUAGCAUCUCUGUCAGCACGGCGCAUCAUAGCGCCAUUAACGACUUGCCCGUGGACAUCCAAGAAACGCUUGUCGAGAUGAGUGUCAGCCACUCUGGAUUUCAUUACUUGGAACACUGUGUAACAACUUAUGACGCGGCGGCUGUCCCUUAUCAGAUUGAAUCUGUCGACUAUGCCCUGAAGAGAUUCUGCUGCCAGUUCCCAGCGUUAUUGACCGAAUUGAUGCGAAGCUGUAUUGAUGAAUUGCUCGUGAUCGACGAAUGGCGUGGAGCAAAAGGUUACGCGCCUAAGCUACGACAAGAUCAUUUUCGAGUGAUGCUGUCCAUCUUUAGAAAGAUCUACCACACCGACAAACGAUUUGCUGCUGAAUACUCUGCCACAAACGCUAUGAUGGAUAAAUUGAGCGAGGAUUUUAGCCCCGAGGGGAACCUCCAGCUCUGCAACGCCUUUCUGGCACUUUUCCAAAAAGACGAACAUAACGAGCAGACGGUGGAAUUCAUUCAGACGCUGACCAAUUUUUGCCGCAAUGGUGCAACGGCAUCUUUUGUCUUCAACAUGUUCUGCAGCCUGCCGCUGAACAUCCACUUUGAAAACUGCAGCAUGUGGUCAAAAUUCUUCAGCGCGUUGAAGAGCUACGAAAAAUUCUUCCGCAACAUCCCGGAUACGAAUUUCAGCGAGCUGCUCAGUGGCCAAGGUACCGAUGAGAUGACACGGGGGAUCAAUCCUGAAGAGCUAACUGGUCUCGUCUCAUGGUGUCGACUAGUCGAGGCAGACCCGACGGCUGCGCAGGGAUUUGCUUCGGAAACGAAUUGGGGUGUCGUUGAUGUUUCGAUUUCUUUGGUUGGAUGUAAACUACCGGGUGUACUCAAAGGUGCCCUACUGAAGAUGCUGGCCGCAAUGGCGCGGCUUCCGAUAGCUGCGGGUCGUAUUUGGAAAGCUUUGGAAAAGACGCCGUUGUGCCACUACGACGAGAAGGGACAACUUGCCGGUCUUGUGAAUGAACUCGAGGAAAACGAAUGCCCACAGAAGGAGUAUGAUUGCAGCCUCGGGAUGCUGCAACUUCUUCGCCAGCUCUCUAUCCACCGAGAAUUCCCCGAGAUUAUUCGGCCGUAUCUCGAAUACAUUAUCGCGCAAAUUCUGGGUCCGUUGAACACACGGGCGUACUUGGACAAUAAUCAGAUGUGGGACCUCUGCGAAAACGGCUUAUCGACGCUGUCGACGAUUUUGGACAACAACGUGGUCGACUUCAGAGCAUUGGAGAAGCGGGAGCCAGCCGUUGUCAUCUUGCUUCAGCUUGCCAACCGUGACACACCGCUGUUCAAAAGCAUUGGCUGGACGCUGUGCGAAGAUGCUUACAGUUCAGCGGUUCGCUAUCGUCCAUCGGCCAAUUCGUCCUUCCUGGCCCUGAAACUUCUGAAGAGGACUAUGAGCUUGCUCGAAGUUUUGCGGGAAGCAAAAAUCGCAUCCAGCCUGAGCGCCGUUGUAUCUACGAUCCCGGCUUUAUUCCUGUCGCCCAUCUCGCUGAACCAGCCGAGAAGCCUGUUUUCGAUAUUUUUCAAAUACGCGUCACAGAUGGCCGAGCAUGGGGAGCACGCGUUGCUGAGUUUGGGCAUUGUCGGCGAGAUGUGCGCAUUCCGACCGUCACUACAGCGAAAUAUGGUCGAGACUUUGUUGAGGGAGCCGACAUUCGCGGCGCGUUUGCCCUACAUUGGCUUCGUGAUUUUUGACCCAUUCGAGCUGCAAUAUACCAUUGACGACGUCUACAUGGACAACAAGUCAUCGAUUCCCGAGUCGUGUGCCCACGUACGAGGCGAGCUGGCACGCCUUUUUGUGGAGAUGCUAGCCGAUUCCGUGGAGACUGAUCCACGUGGCCCCAAUCUCGGAUACCUCUUCUGCGGCAUCGAUAUGAUGAAUCCUAGUGACACCUCGUUCACUGAAGUAAAUCAAAGAACGGUCUUGCAUCGCCUCCUGCCAACGAUCGAAAUGUUUUCGAAAGCCGAGAAGCCCUUUGCUCUCCAACACUCUGCCAUCAUCCAACCGGCAUUUCGAUUCUUGCGCGGACUGGUCUCGGUGGAGUGCCCGGUAUCUCCAGCAAUCCUUCGAUUUCUACGUACGCACGAUGCCAUCCACAUGUUGGCCACGUCUCCGUUCAUGGGCUUCCAUGCGGCAUCCAUGAAGGACGACUCGUCAUCGACAAAAUCGGCUCUGUCGGACAUGGUUGCCGGCGACAUUCUCCAUCUGAUCGCUUUGGAAAUAUCAUCGCUCUUGCUGCAAAACCAAUUUGUGGAUCCACAACGGCUGCUCCGAGCCCUGCUCGAAUCUGUGCAGGGCGGCGCUGACCCGGACAUGAACACGAUAGCUUUCACCAACAUUCCGGAGGAGCGGAACGUUCUGUUCGCCUUGCUUUCCUCGGCAAGCGGCACCCUUCCCAUGGAAGCUAUUUCCCCUGCUACAUGCGUGUAUUUUGACGCUCACAAAGUUCAGGCGUUGGUGCAAGAUUCUCUCUGCGGCUCGGUGUGGGGGAUUCCAGUUUACGACGUCGACACCCUACACCAAUUGCUGGAUCGUGAGAUUCGUGCGCUGGAAUAUGACGACAAGACGGCCCCUUCACUGGAAAUGGAGAAAAUCUUGGACUGGGUCGCAGUGGCCAACCAAAGUGAGCUCAUCUCCCAGGCACACGCGACGCUGCUCUCCGGAUGCUCGGCACUGAUCAACGUGAUUUGCUUGUUUACCCCGCUGCCAUUUUUCUCUCAUGAAGCUCAAAUUGCUGUCCUCAGCGACGCCUGCUACGAGCUCAUCACGGUUGCCUCAACACAUGACGGCGACCUCGGCGACGAAAUCUGCACCUCGAUUCUGCGGGUCUGCAAGGCGCUCUGCAAGCUCAUCACCGUCGGUCCGUAUGACCUCAAAGAAAGACGGAUUCUCAUCGAGCGCCUGAUUGCCCCAGUCUUUGAGCUUCUCGUCCAGCCGGGCAACCGAACAUUGCGUUCAAAGACGUCGCUGUAUCUUGCAACGUGCAGCCUCACUUCAUCUUGCUAUUCAGCCCCGACGAAGGGCGUCGAGAGCGCUGACUUCCGGAAGCCCGCAUCCCUUGAUGACACGACUUGGCUCUUCAAGCCGAUUGAAACUGAUGAAGACCCAAUCAGGGCCCGCAUCGACAGCUUGACGCAGGAGCUCUCAAGGUUUAUCAUCGACGACAUUGCCGACUUGCCGAACAGUAGCAAGUGUGCUCCGCUGUCCUUGCUCGCCGAUCUGAUUUGGGAGGAUGGGCUUGGAACAAGAAAAACAUGCGUCUUGGUCGCACGAUCGGGUGUCGUUCGUUUCCUGUUGGAUCUGCUGCAACAACUUGACAUCAACUACGAGCAGCUCGCACAGGCCGAUCCGAGCGCUUUGGAAACCCUGAAGCUUUUCAAGACGAUCAAUGUCCUACUCACUCGGCUUUCAUUUGUUGAUGCCGGUUGGGUGGCGCUCACGGAAAUUGGUACAAUACAGAUUCUUUCCAAGCUGAAGUGCAUAUCCGAUCCGCCCAAAGAUCUCUACCUGAACCCCGCCUCGAUCAACACGGAUCGCUCCAUCGCAUGGUAUUACGGGAAAGUGCUGACUUCCUCGAUGUGCCUUGUGUCGGCCCUUUUCUCAAAUGCGUAUUGGAGGAAGCUGUCGAAGGCGACGAUCGACUUUAUCCUGGCCCAUGCGUUCAUGUUCUCUCAGCUGUGUCGCGCCGAGGUGUCCACUCCCUCGCUCGAUCAGGCUAGCAGCCUAUUGCACUUCAUCUAUGAGCGAGACGAUGUCCUUCACCGUGAAGCCAUUGAUGCAUCGCCGUCCCUGAAGAUGAUCCGGAAUCGCGCCGACAAGCUU